ACGAUUAAUCAAAUUGAUAAUGUCAAUGUAGUGAAAUGAAUGAAUGAUGAAAAUCUGGAUGGAAAUUGUUUGAAAACUCAUCGUUAUUGUAAUAAAACAACUUACUUAGACUGGGUGUUGGCAAUUUUUUUUUGUUUGUUCUGUUUUUGAGAAUAAAGAAUUAUGUUAACAAUACAGCGAAAAUGGAUAAUUUCAAUGUUAGGAAUAUAUUCCUGUGGUCUAAUGUAUGUAGUUCGUGCAGGUAUUAGUGUGGCAAUGGUUCGCAUGACAAUGGUGAAGAAUGAAAAUGAUAAUUUAAGUAACAGCAGCAGCAGCAGUAUUUCAUCAAAUGCACCAACAUUUGAUUGGAAUGAAACUUUACAGGGUAUUAUAUUGGGUGGUAUAUUCUAUCUAUAUUGGAUUGUACCAACAAUUGUUGGCAGUUUAAUCGAACGUUAUGGUGCCAAAUGGUUUGCAUUUAUCGGUGUUAUUGGGCCUUGUAUUUUGACGGCAAUUACACCAUGGAUUGCUACCGUAAAUGUUUAUCUUUUAAUUGUUGUCAUGAUUUUGGUUGGUGUUACACAGGCAUUUACAUAUCCGGCAUUAUUUCACCUAUAUGUACGAUGGUUUCCACCAGAAGAACUUUCAAAAGCUAAUUCAGGUAUACAAGUUGGUGCAUCACUUGGUGGUAUCAUAAUAUAUUCAAUUGGUGGUUAUCUUUGUGAAACAACAAUUGGUUGGCCAUUAGUAUUCUAUGUUAGUGCUGCAACGCAUAUCCCAUGGUUAUUUCUUUGGCUUUAUUUUGGUUCCGAUCAUCCGGAUAAACAUAUGGAUAAUGAUAUUAAUAUGAAAUCAUCAUCAUCAUCAUCGAUGAUGAAUGAAAAUCAAAAGAAUAAAAAAAUACGCACACCGUGGUUAGCGAUACUUAAAUCCGGUGCUGUAUGGUCAUCACAAUUAAGCAAAUUUGCCUGUUCAUAUGGUUUCUAUAUGUUAAUGAGUAAAAUACCUGCAUAUUUGGACCGUUUAUAUAAUAUUAAUAUCGUUGAUAAUGGUUUUAUCUGUGCAGCUGCUUUUGCUAGUUAUGGCCUAUCGUGUUUCAUUGCACCAUACAUAUCGAAUUGGAUGAUCGAUCGUUUGAAUAUAUCGGUAUUGACGACAAGAAAAUUAUUCCAAGCCGUUGCCAUGUUAAUACCAUGUAUAUGUCUAUUGGCCAUUACAUUUGUCUAUGAUAAAACAAUAAUGAUUAUAUUAUUAAUAAUGGCAAUGUUAAGCUAUGGUUUUUUUACCGGUGGUGAAUGGACAAUGAUUUCGGAAUAUGCACCAAAUUUUGUCGGUGUUGUUAGCGGUUUUAUACACAUCCUUGGUUUUAUGUCGGGAUUUUUAGCACCAUAUAUUGUCGGCGUGAUAUUGGAUUCAAAUAUUGGUGAUGAACGUUUCAAAUGGAAUGUUGCAUUUUGGAUCAGCGCAGCAUUAUAUUUUAUCGGUUAUUUGGCAUUCUGGUUUCUAUGCACUGUUGAACAGCAAAAUUGGGAUAAAAUAUAAUAAAUUUUUUUCGUU